UAAUGUGGGGGGGGGGGGUUUCCAUCCGAAAAAUGAGGACAGUGUCAUUUGAAUACUAGGAAAUCUACAGCGUGGCAUUUUCAGAGAAGCCGGGCACAGCCUCAGACAGUCUUCCUGGCAGACGUGAACCGGUGGAAGGAGGCCACCAGCAUCUAAAACUUCACAGCGGCCAGCCCCGAACGACAGACAGGGAGGCGGCCACACUUACGUUCUGCGAACACAGAUGGGACAGAAGCCUGGCUUUUGGUGAGACGGUCUUCCCCUGCCCUCGGCCAGGCCCGGCCCCCAUGCUUCUGUGGCUGCUGCUGAUCCUGGCUCCCGGACGACAGCCGGCAGGAGCACUUCCAAAAGCUUUACUUGUCCUCAAACCUCCAUGGUCCACAGCCUUCAAAGGAGAGACAGUGACUCUCUUCUGUAAGGAUCACCAUUCUGUAGCCUGGGAAUACGUAUCUUGGUAUCACAAUGAGACUCCCUUGAGAAAACAAUCCGGAAAACUCCAAAUAAGCAAGUCUGGACAUUACAGAUGCAAGACCCAAAGAUCUUCCCUCAGUGACCCCGUGCAUGUGCAGUUUUUAUCUGACUGGCUGGUCCUCCAGGCCUCACACCCUGCCUUUGAAAGAGAUAAAGUAGUUCUGAGAUGCCGAGGGAAAAAGGAAGAAGCUAUUGUGGAAAGGACUUACUACAAAAAUGAAGAAAAAAUUAGAACUUAUAACUCAAACAUCACAGUAUAUCCAGACUUCAACGAUGACAGCAAAUAUCAUUGUACUGCUUCUGGGACAAAUAUUUGGGGGGGGUCAUGGACAGAAACUUCACGACCUUUGAAGAUCCAAGUUCAAGAGCUGUUUCCGAGUCCUGUGCUGACAGCCAGCCCCUCCUGGCCCAUCGAGGGGAGCCCCAUGACCCUGACAUGUGAGACCUGGCUCCCUCCACAGACAUCGCACACUAGACUUCAGUUCUGUUUCUUCAAAGAGCACCAGGCUCUGGGGGCCGGCUGGAGCAACUCCCCGGAGCUCCAGAUCCCCACCACGUGGAGUGAAGGCGCCGCCUCCUACUGGUGCCAAGCAAGGACGGUGAUUCCCAGGAUCCUGAAAACAAGCCCACGAUCCCAGAUACGUGUCCAUAGGGUCCCUGUGUCUGGUGUGAAUCUAGAGACGCAGCCCCUUGUGGGCCAGCUGAUUGAAGGAGAAGACCUCGUCCUUAUCUGCUCAGUAGCUGCGGGUACAGGGACUGUCACGUACUCCUGGCACCGGGAGGGCUCGGAGAGGAGUUUGGGCAGGAAGACCCAGAACGCCCUGUCUGCAGAGCUGCGGAUAGCCUCCGUGAGGGAGCAGGAUGCCGGGAGGUACUACUGUGCGGCCGACAACCUGGAUGGCCCUGUCCUCAGUAAACGGAUCAGAAUCACACUGAGAGUUCCAGUCUCGCCUCCAGUCCUCACCAUCAGGAGGCCCAGAUCCCAGGCCGUGGAGGGGGAUGUGGUGGAGCUUCACUGCGAGGCCCAGAGGGGCUCUCCCCCCAUCCUGUACCGGUUUUAUCAUGAGGACGUCCCCCUGGGGAGCAGCUCGGCCCCCUCUGGAGGAGAAGCAUCCCUCAACCUCUCUCUGACCGCAGAACAUUCUGGAAACUACUCCUGCGAGGCCAACAACAGCCUGGGAGUUCAGCGCAGUAAGAUGGUGUCCCUCAGCAUCACAGUUCCAGUGUCUCACCCUGUCCUCACCCUCAACCCUGAUGUGGCCCAGGCUAUGGUGGGAGAUGUGUUAGAACUUCGCUGUGAGGCUCAGAGGGGUUCUCCCCCGAUCUUAUACUGGUUUUAUCAUGAGGAUGUCAUCCUGGGGAACACCUCAGCCCCCUUUGGAGGGGGAGCAUCUUUUAACCUCUCUCUGACCACAGAACAUUCUGGAAACUACUCCUGUGGGGCUGACAAUGGCCUGGGGGCUCAGAGCAGCGAGACGGUGUCACUUAACAUCACAGGGCUUUCCAAGAACAAAGUAACCCAUAUCACUGUGGGAGUCAUCGGGUGCUUGCUAAGCAUGCUUGGUCUUGCUGCUACGGCUGCUCUGGUGGGUCGCUUCAGAACCCAAAGGAAGUCAGGGCCACAGACAGGACAGAAAAGAGGAAGUGAGGAAGCACCAGGCCCAGAGUUAAAUAGGACAAUCCCAAGGAACAUCGGGAGCGUUCCUGGCCCAGACCCGCCAGCACAGGCCCUCCACGGCCCACCCAGUCUGAGCCGGCCAGCCCUAAUGGAGCUACAGCCCUUGUACAGCAACGUCAGUCCUGGCGAUGACGACCUGGUUUAUUCCCAGAUCUGGAGCAGACAGCACAGAGAAGGAAGUCCAGCACAUUCACCAAGGACGCAUCAGAAGGGUGAGGUUUUCCACCAGGAACCUGCAAUCAUCUAUUCAGAGGUGAAGAGGGCAGACCCCGACGACCCUGCACGGCAGGACCGUGAGGAGGCCGCAGAAGGCUAUGAGAAUGUCCCAUGCGCGUCGCUGGCCUUGGACCACUAGCCCCAUACCCAGAGCGGCCUCCAGAUGCCUUCUCCCCAUUCUCUGCAACCACUCACCUUCCGUCUGGGAGGCUGGGUGAAAGAUCCGUCCCACUCCUCCGUGCCUGAGUCUGGGUGUUCUGUGGGAACAGAAGGGGCAGCAUUUCAGUGAAUGCUGCACGUUUUCACAGUAGAGACACACGUGAAGGCAGGGCAGUUGGGCCUUCACCUCCUGGGCCCGAGGAGCAGAGGAGGAAGGAGGGAUCGUCUAGCCGGGAUCACGAGGUCACAAUCAAUGGCCACGUGUUCCAAGCGUGAUCAAAAGCCUUCAAUGCACCAUCUCUGAAUAAACAGUUUGCUCCAAA